UAAUUCCAUUUAAUAUAUCUGUACACGAUGCUACGUAUCAAUUACUUUUAAAGUAAGAUUUCUUUUUUCAAAUUUUAAAAAUACAUUGUACAAAAAAGAACAGAUCCGAAUUUGCAGAAGGGAAUUCAAGGAAUUUAAAAAGAAAACAAACCUAUCCCACGUAAACGAGAGAAUGCCUACCUAUUCUGUGAAUUCCACAACAGCUGUACCUGUGUCGUCUGCUGCCAAUGAUCUGUGCAUCCAAAUUAAUAAAGGAGUUCUUUGGGGAUUGUGGGUUUAUGCGAUAGUAGCAAUACUUAUUAUAUCUUUGUUUGAGAAAAGGCGAUAUAAACCUGAAAUUUGCUUUGGGAGACCUGGACUACCUUUGCCCAUCAAUUUUUUGGACGGUACAUCUAAUUCAAUAGCCAAUGCUGCAGCGUUUGGGUGUACCCUUCAACAUAUAGUAUCCCUGUUGUUCUUUACGGAAUUUAAAGUAGAUAAUUGGAUGUACUCAUUGGUGUUGUUCCUGUUCUCCUUUAUUGUUGCAUUGAGUUUUUAUCCAGUAUUUGCCUGUUUGAAUUCACCAUCAAGGGUAUUUGGUUCUCUCGUUGGAUUUUUAUAUACGUUACUUCUAACAUUGAUGAUGUUUGCUAGGAGUUAUUACUGUACAAAUAAAAAUUGGUACUGGGCCAUUUAUGCUGUUACACUUAUCAGUGAAAUCUACAUUAUGAUUUUGUUUACUUACCGAUUUUUCACAGCAAUCUUCAAAAAGCACAACGAAGUCCUAGUAAAGAUAGAUCAGAUACAACAUGUUAAGGAACUUUUGGUGAAGCCCAAAUCGCACACGGAUACGAAUGAUAUCAGACAAAAAUUUGUUUCGUACUCGGAGACCGUUUUGACAGAAGCAAAGCUAUGUUGUCUUCACAAAAGUCUGUAUCGGUGUACAACAAGGACUCUUGCCAUCAAUACCAUUGUCCUACUUGUGUUCUUCUAUAAUGUAAUUGUUACUUUUGCGGUUGGAGAGGAGUUUGUGAGAUUCUUAACUGCAACAUUGGUUUCAAACAUUUCUCCCAAAACUAAUUUGUAUCAACAUAUCACUGUCUUUUUAGACGUAAUAAACGUGUCGUUGAUAAUCGGCAACAUUCUGUCUGCUGUUUAUCUGAUUACCAACAUGGUCCUUAUCUACCGAUCUCAAAGAGAUCAUCUGGUGAAAAGAUGGAGAGGAGACAAAUCUUUUAUUCCCACUCAAUGCAAACUUAAUCAUUCAGAAAUUCUGGUCAAAAGUUUAAUGUAUGCUGGAAACCAGGUUUCAUAUCUUCUUGGUGGUUACCUACUUUCCCAGAUUGUGAUUGUUGUCUUCUGCAUCUUCUUAGCAUAUUGUGUUAUUUUGCCGAUAAUAAAAAAGGUUCCAAGUGUGUUCCUGUAUCCUGUGGAAGUUUUCUUGCCUGGAGUGUUGUUCAUGUUCGGUCUUCAAUUCCUUCUGCGAUUCAUCAGCGGUCGUAUAUUCCUGCAGAAUCAUUUCGUCAGUCGUCAAAGCGGAACAGACAUGGAAAAAGUAUUGGCUCUUGAUAACAGACGGGUAUACCAGAACCUGUCAUUUUUCCUGUUUUUCUACUACAUCCUGACUGGAUUGUACCGAUGUACAUACCGUGUGCUGACUUCUAUGUUCAUAAGUUUAUUCUACAUUGCACGUAUGGAUAAACCACUACUUGUUUCGGGAUUUGAACAGUUUGACAUAGGUUACAUGACCUAUCUGGGGUUUUUGGAGGUCGAACUUCAGCAUUGCCACCCAGUUGUAGUCGUGAGCUGUGAUUUGAUGCUGAAAUCUGCAAAUGCAUUGUCAACAAAACAGGAGACAAGUUUAGAGUCGCCUUCGUCGGAAAAUAAUAAACGAGAAUUGUCCAAUAUGUACACACAUAGAAUUAGAAACAAGUGGCAAAAGAUGAUGACAUUAGUCUCCAAUUCGAAUCUUUGCAAAUAUUCAAAAACUAAUAAUUCUUUUGAACAGCAAAUUUCCCUCAAAGUUGUUUAAUUUGAUAAUUUUGAUGAUGUAUCAUAUUUUUCAAGACUGUGCACCUAUGAUAUAUACAUAUAAAUCAUGCAUGAACAACACGAAAUAUAAAUUACGAUGAUUAAAAUAGCUUGAUUAAAUGUAUUUUACAAUGAGAUACCUUUGAGAAAAAUAGUGUUGUUAAAAAUAAGCGGGAGCACUAGAGUACGAUGUAAGAAACCUAUGCGUGUUCUAAUUUUUUUAGUUAAUUUUUUACCUUCGAACUAUCGUACAUGUAGUACACCUUGGAAAAAAUACACAUUUAGUAACUAAAAUAGAAGAAUAUAUAAUUGGAUAAUAUGAUUUAAGGUAUUUCACUCCUCAUUAUUUUAAUUUCACUGCGCAGAUGAUCAUUAUAUUAUGAAUGAAUAUGAUUUUGUUUAUUUAAUCAUCACAGAGAGAUUAUUAUUUCAUCAUUACACAACAUUUAUAAGAAAAAAAAUUUUAGUUCGAGAAACAAACAAGUUUUUAGUGGAACUAUUUUUUUUCAUGCGGAAGGUAUUUUAGACGAAAAUAACAGAAACAAGCAAUUUCAUGAAUUGUCAAUGUACAUUUCUUUUUUAUACUUUAUUCAUUAUUCAUAAUAUUAACAUUUGAUUUGUUUGUAACAUAUUCUAUAGGUUCUGUGAGACAUGUACAAAAUCCAAUCUUGAGAGAGUGAUAAACGUUUAGCAUAAAAUUUUGAAAAUGUAUAGAACAUGUCUGAAUUUUUAAGCCACAUUUUGCGAAAAGUUUACCGUUUUAGCCCUAUAUCACGUUCAGAAGGCGGGAUUGUGUCCGGUUGAUUAAGUGGACAUGUUGUCUGUAGAGUGUGUAGAGUGUGCUAUAACUGUUCAUGAGUCUCUUAGGUUUGCACAUGAUCAGUGUAUUCUUCAAUCAAUGCUCGAUUUGCUCUGUCAUUCCUUUUUCAUCUGGCAUAUAAUGUAGCGCGUUAAUACCCUUAUCGUUCUCCACUUGACAUGUUUCUAUUCCAAAAUCAAAAUCUACUGGGAUUGACUCCUAAACGUCAAUUGAAAAUUUCCAGUAUAUACUUUCAGUACAAUGGCGUGUAUUCUCAUUUCCUCCUUGCUUAUGAGGAUUUUUUGACCAAUAUCUAUUGAAACAAUUUAAAAAAAAGUUUCAAUAUGUAAUAUUUCCCUUGAAAAUAUUUUAUCAAAACAAUAGCAACUACACGUACCAGAAAUACUAUCAUACACAAUCAUCACAUUGCAACAAGAUCCUUCUGUCGACCAUGCAGAUACAUUACAAGGCCCAUUUUUAAUAUAUAUAUUUUUUAAGUCAAGAAAGAAACAUUACCGGAUUUCAAAACAUACUUUGAGAUUACGCAUCUUUAUACAUUCUGUCUUUGUUAUUUAAAUUUACAGUCAAUUUAACAAGAGGUUAAUUUUCUUACAUUUGAAUAUAGAUGUAGAUCUUCAGUUGGUUGCCUGAUUUGUGGUCUUCAUACUUUCUUACUAAACAUUUCA